UGGGCUUUGACCCGUCCGGACUUAAUACGCACCCAGCUUUGUGCGCAAGACACCUGCUUUAUUUCAUAGAGCGCUCUCUGUUUCAGAUUUUUCCAAUCUCGAAACUCUUGCUUGCUUCUCAGACCAUCAUCGCCAUUGUUGAAGAUCCACCUCUCAGAGUGAUAUAAAAUGUCUCGAAGAUAUGAUAGCCGUACAACAAUAUUCUCCCCAGAAGGCCGUCUCUACCAAGUUGAGUAUGCCAUGGAAGCCAUUGGAAAUGCAGGAACUGCAAUUGGUAUAUUGUCGAAAGAUGGAGUUGUGUUGGUAGGUGAGAAGAAGGUGACUUCCAAGCUCCUUCAAACCUCUACAUCAACUGAGAAGAUGUACAAGAUAGAUGACCAUGUUGCAUGUGCUGUGGCCGGAAUAAUGUCUGAUGCCAACAUCCUUAUUAACACAGCUAGGGUUCAAGCACAGCGGUAUACAUUUUCUUACCAGGAGCCAAUGCCGGUUGAACAACUAGUCCAAUCUCUCUGUGACACUAAACAAGGCUACACACAGUUUGGUGGGCUUCGUCCAUUUGGUGUUUCAUUUCUAUUUGCAGGCUGGGACAAGAAUUAUGGUUUCCAGCUUUACAUGAGUGACCCAAGUGGAAACUAUGGUGGCUGGAAGGCUGCAGCUAUUGGGGCAAACAACCAGGCAGCACAGUCGAUGCUUAAGCAGGACUACAAGGAUGAUAUAACAAGAGAAGAGGCUGUUCAGCUUGCACUGAAGGUGCUCAGUAAGACAAUGGACAGCACUAGUCUGACCUCAGACAAGCUUGAAUUGGCUGAAGUUUUCGUAUUGCCUUCAGGUAAGGUGAAGUACCAGGUUGUCUCACCGGAUGCACUGAGCAAACUCUUGAUCAAGAGUGGAGUGACACAACCUGCUGCUGAGGCCUCUUAAGUUAUCGUGUUCUGAUUAGAUAUGACUUUCGGAAAAUGCUACAUUUGGAUUGUACUUUCAUUUGUAUGACUUUCUUUCUAAAAGACAUGAUGGAAUCUUGCUCUGUUAUAUGUUCACAACUUUUAAUUCCUCCAGGUAUUCACUUAAAGCCUGAUGAAAUUCAGUAUGAGGAUCUGUUUUGUUUG